UCUGCUAAUGAUUACUCUGUCUCCUAAGUUUAACUUCGCAAAGCUGAUCUACCCGGGUGGACAGGCAGUCACGGUUGGGCUGAGUGUUAGGACUGGAUGGGACGGAUAAGGACCCCGAGGCCCUGAGAAGUGACUUGGCCGAAGCCAAGAGUCUAGGCAGAGCUUCCCAGUCCUAGACCGCAGGUCCCAGCCCUCUCCUCAGGAAGGGCCCAUGCUCCUCACCGUUGGGAACGACACAUGUCUGGAACUAUUGCAAAUUCUAUUUAAUUUUGUCACGAGUUCCAAGCGAAACAGCCAGGGGGUUUCUGGCUGCGUGACCUGUCAAUGGCCUGCCCACACUGGGCAGAGGUGGGAAAGACUGGUCAUGGUGCCAAAGACCAGGCUAUGUGUGUCUAGUCCAGCAGAAAGCCUGGCCUGGGCUUAGGGACCGCCAUGACUGAAGUCGGCUGGUGGAAGUUGACUUUCCUCCGGAAAAAGAAAUCCACCCCCAAAGUGCUCUAUGAAAUCCCUGACACCUACGCCCAAACGGAGGGAGGUGCGGAGCCGCCCGGCCCCGACGCCGAAGGCCCUCACAGCGACUUUAACACCCGCCUGGAGAAGAUUGUGGAUAAGAACACCAAAGGCAAACACGUCAAAGUCUCCAACUCGGGCCGCUUUAAGGAGAAGAAAAAAGUCCGGGCCAUGCUGGCAGAGAACCCCAACCUCUUUGACAGGGAGGACAAAGGACAAUGAAGGCAGCCGAGGAGGACACUAGCACCUCCCUGCUCCCCGCCACUGGUGGGGUCUCAGGCAGGAGCUUGCCACGCUGGCCUCUUUGGUCAUAGCUGAAGCCAUGGUGGCAGGUGAUGCCUGCUGGCAGGAUCGCCUGGUUCUUAGGUUUGUAUUUAUGUGCCCCAGAUUUAUGAAGGGCCUGGGAGAUCCCAGGGUCCUCCUCCCCAUGAUCACAUACAAAGGCACUCUGGUCCAGGAUGAAAAAUGGCCACCUAGAAGUACAGCCGUCCUUGGCACAGUGGCUUGGCUCACGGGGAGGCAGCAUGGCAGAGAACAGACUGGGAGCCUGACAGACCCCACCCUCUCCCUGGGCACAGGGUCAAGGGUGAACUUGGAUCGUUGUUCCCUCUACUUUCUCUACCUGUGACUUGUUCCCCCGGACCAAUCCGAGGAGAGCAGAGGUUCCAGAAGUCACGUGAUAGCGGUUUCCUUGGUGACAGAGGCGGAGUUGUUGAACUUGAGAUCACCUCUUAAUUCAAGGAGUAAACUUCCUGGAACUUUGCUUCCCAGAGUGGAGGGGCAAAGGACACCGCACUGCCUGGGCUGCAGCAGAAGGCCAGAUCAGAAAUCCCUGAGUUAUUGCCUCGACUGCCCCUUGUGUGGGUGCUGAAUUACAUAACCCCAAAGAGAAACCUCACUAGCCCAAGGGUCCAAACUGGAGGAAUGGAUGGAGUUUUCCUCUACCCGUUCCCAGAUAGUAUUUAAGAUGGAUCAGCCCCAGAAGUCAGUCCUGGAGCCUUGAAUUUUGUUUGAAAAGUAAUGGUAGGUUCUACCUAGUAAUAAACAAUGCUGCAGACACAGAGGUAUUUCCGCUCUUACCUCACAUGUAUGGGGAUGGCCACAUCUCUACCUUCGUGCAAGUGAAGUGAGUCUUUGAGCUCUUCAGAUCUCAGCAAGGGCCCCCAAGUGUGACCGUGUGGGCCUGUGUCAGUAAUUCAGCCACCAAGCUAGGCUUCAUAUGGCAGGGGAUAAGGGAAGGAGACAGACUCCCACACACACACACAACAGAGAGCCUGGGGCUCUAAGAGAAUGGGGUGGACCGUUGGUGAUGGACCCAAAGUCUCUGUAGUUCUCGGUGGUUCAGUUUGGGACCCAGAUUUAAAUUCUGGUGCCACCAGUUAAUAGCCUGAUGAGCUUGGGGACAUUUCAUAGACUUCUCUGUAAAGCCAGGUCUAAGGGCAAAUCCCUAUAAUCUCAGCUCUUGCUGAGGCAGGAGGAUUGUAGAUUCAUAGGUCAGCCUGGAGUAUACAGGAAGGCCCUGUUUCAGGAAAC